AUGUCGAAUGAGCCACUUGAUGAGAUACAGUGGAAAAGUCCAGAAUGGAUUCAGCAGUUUGGUCUCUUCACAGGGAAUGUUCUUGACUACUUCUCAGAAUCACCAUUCUAUGAUCGUACAUCGAAUAAUCAAGUUUUACGCAUGCAAUUUCAAUUUCAACCUCCUCCAGCUAACAUGAAUCCUCAAACGUACUUUGAGUCCAAACUCAAGGAGAUGGUUGGCAUUGAGUUUAUUAUAGCUUAUGUUCGAGAGCCCGAUUUUUGGAUCAUUAGAAAACAGAGAAGGUUGAAUGUUGAAACUGUAAUAUCAAAAAAUGACUACUACAUCAUAGGGGCGAAUGUUUACCAAGCUCCCAAGAUCCAUGAUGUGAUAUCUUCGAGGAUACUUUCGAGUGUGUUAAGCAUAAGCAAGUCAAUUGAUACUUUGAAUAAAAUGAAUACUUUUAGUGUUCAAGACCAAUCUGCAUUAUCCUCGUCAGCUAAUGAAUUCGAUGACCCUGGCAAAACUCUUGCGACACCCAAUCAACACCAGACACCUCAAACAAACACACCUCAGCUUACAACGGUCGGUUCUGUAUCGUACACAACUUCUUCAAACGAGAUACAGAGUGCAGUAUUUGAUAAUCUUUUAAAUGGUGUAAUUUCGAAUGACAAUAGCAUUUAUCUAGAGGAUAUACCAUUAUAUGGCAAAGGAAGUACAAUAGAAUUUUUAGGGUUGAAAAGUGACCCUAAUGUUUAA